UUGGAACGGGAGGGGCAUCAGAUGAGAGUGAGAGGGCAUCGACAAAGAACCCUGUGCCAAAACCUUCGACUCGAUCCUCCUUCCUUCACUGUUUCGACGGCCGCCGGUGAGAGUUGGCCGAGUUCCGGUGCUGCUAUGGUGUCUUCUUCUUGGCUGUGAUUUUUCGUUCUUCCCCCAUUCUGUGAUCGUGUGAAUCUGCUGUUGCAGAGGUUUGGGUUGCGAGUUAGUGGUUUCUUGCGUUGCCAUCGGACUUUCACUGACUCCUCUUCGCGUCGUCGGAGCUCCUUCCUUCUUCACGUCCGAUCUGCAACUUCUCCUUCUUCAUGCUUCUGGGUUCAUGAUCUGAGAAGCAUUCCAACGAAGUGUGGAAUCUGAUGAAAAAGAUCGUUGUCUAUUAAAUGCUAUCCAGAGUUAAUGCCAUGCAAUGUUAUGUUGGUUAUUUAAUGUUGCUAGAGUUCGUGGUUUCAUCCAUGGAUAUCAGCGAGGAUUCAUUUGUCAGCAAAAGUUUAGUCUGGUAAAUAUAAAGUUGAAAUGGGUAAAGGACAGGGCAUUGGAUUCUGUUGUUACUAGUCAUAGAGGUCUUAAGGCAGCAGAGACUCUUGUUUCGAUUAUUUUUUCUUUUGGAUGUCUUCCCAUUUACCAUUUAUCUCAUUAUUGUGGACAACUUGGUCUUCCCUAUGACGUGAAGCUCUCCACAUUUAUCCGGAGUUAUCCUAAUAUAUUUAUUGAAUCCUACAUUUUUGAUAGUGGAGGUUCUCGUGUCCCAUGUUUCAGCUUAAGUCCUGGAGUGUUGAAAGUCCAUCAAGAGAAAGCUAACAUCUGUCAGCAAAAUCAGUUGGAAUUUAGGGAUAGGCUCUGCAAAUUGCUUAUGCUCACGAAAGAUAGGGUCCUUCCACUGCAAACCAUUGACCAAUUACAAUGGGAUUUGGGGUUACCAUAUGAUUACCAGCAUUCUUUUGUUCCAAACCAUCCUGAAAGGUUCUCCUUUGUUCGCCUCCCUGAUGAUCGCAUUGGCUUAAAGUUGUUAUAUUGGGAUGAAUCGCUUGCUGUCUCUGAGUUACAAAAGAAUGCUUCCAUCCAACAAAAGGAAGAUGACAUAAGAAAAGGAUCAUUAGCAUUUCCAAUUAGUUUUACCAGGGGUUUUGGGUUGAGAAGGAAAUGCAUGGAAUGGUUGAAUGAGUGGCAGAAACUUCCCUAUACUUCUCCUUACUUUGAUGCCUCUCAUUUGGAUCCUCGUACAGAUGUUUGUGAGAAGAGGAUAGUUGGAGUUUUUCAUGAGCUCCUUCACCUUACGGUUCAUAAAAAAACUGAGCGUGAGAAUUUUAGCAACCUCAGGAAAUGCUUGGGAUUACCUCAGAAGUUCACUAAAGUAUUUGACCGUCAUCCAGGAAUUUUUUAUAUUUCUAAGAAAGGCAACACUCAAACAAUUAUUCUUAAGGAGGCCUACAAUGGUCCAGAACUUGCGUGGAAACAUCCCCUUGUAAUGGUUAGAGAGGAACUUGCAAUCAUGUUAAAGAAAGGGUUGCUGGAUAGGAGCAGGGGUUUUUAUAAAAAAGAUGUAAUUGCUGGAUAGGAGUAGGGGUUUAUACAAAAAAUUUAGUGGAAUAUGUAAGAAAGGAUUUCCGGUGACAAUGAAUUUAUUCAGCAUAGUAUUGAGGAUGAGGCAGAGUUUGGUAUGCUUUAUGCUGUGAUUCAGAUAUGCAUUUUUGUUUACAGUGUCUGUAUUUAGGAUCAGCUGUGUCCAAAUAAUUUAGGAAUGCUCCAUCCUGCUUAGCACAAUGUGACCUACUAGUUUAACAUCACAGGUUACUGUUGUUGGGCAUGCUGCCAGGCAUUCAGAGAUAUGUGCCAGCUCUGGUAAGAGGUGAGUCUUUCAGCAUAGACAAUGGUUGUAGUUCUCCAAUCCCCCUUCCAGCCCUUCCUUAGAUGUUCACUAGAGGAGAAUUAUGCUACCAGUAAUUGAUCUUUCUCUUUGAGAAUUACUCAAAACCCGCCUUUUGUGCUCAACCUUCUCUGUAAUUUCCAUCUCCUGAUGCAUUUUGGUAUCAUGAGUUAUAUUUGAUUUCCAUUAUCUAGCAAAGAGUACAUAUUAAAAAUUCGGAUGUAAUUUGUCAAUUUAUCCAGUGGCAGCAUGUUUCCUCUUUGAAA